UACCACGCUUCAAACCCACUGACUAACAAGGUGAAAUAACAAACAAGAAGAGAUAUCCUACCAACUGCCCGAAGAAAAACUGGGGCUAGUUUGGGAGGAUCACCUGUCAGAUUAGAACCUUCAGGCACUACGAACCGCACGUACUUUGAAACCCCUGUUUGGCCCCUCUCUCAUCAUGCCCAGGCAGAACCAACAAACCAGCCGAGGCACCACACCUCACCCUUCAGCUUUAACGACUCGCAUACAUACUAGACUGAUGAUGUUAUCAUAUUGCAUGCUUCUUUAUCUGUUUAGCGCAAUCAAUCACGAAACAUCCAACCUGUCAUCACUCUAUCUUCUCUUGAUUCUGCACAACAACUAUGGCCAUGCUUCACAGGACCAUCUAUGCCAACCACCAGACUCUAGAAUGCUAGAUCAUGGAUUUCCGGCGGACUAUUAGUCAAAAAAAAAGCAAUUCAGUGGUGGUUAUAACAGCAACA